AAUCGCGUCCACACGUACAUUUAAUGCUCGCCCGAGGCGCCUUUGAGCUCGCCAAAAUACCGACAGGUUUACGGUUCGCCUCAUUCAUGAGGAAAGGAAUGCGAAUGAAUGAAUUCAUGCGAAUGCAAGCCCAUACACGUAUGCUCAGUGCUCACCCGAGGCAAACGUACGUGUCAACGUGUACACCGUUUAAGGAUUCGGUAAUCGCUAUUUUUAACUAUGACAAACAGCUGUUCAUUAGUAGUGGAACGUACGUCGUAGGUAGCGCACAAUGAGAUGGACCCUACUUAAUAUUAUUUCAAACGACAUCCAGUAGACAUCUCCUUAUGCGCUUCUUAUAGCCUAUCAGCAUCUGCAUUGUGCUAUUUCUGUUUGUCUCUUGUCUUGUCUUCCUGCAUGUGUUUGCCCGUUGCCGAACGCAAUUGCAAUUUAAAAAUAUCUGAAACUUUUCUCAAUAGAGCAGAAGAGUGUCUUUGAAGGUUUAAUUUUCGAGUGUUGGUGAAUAUCUAAGCAGUAUAGUCGACAAUUACUUAUUUAUUUUAAAGUUACUGUAGCCUACUGAAAUCAACUUCUGUAGGACACAUUUGCAAAUUUCGGGUGUGCCAGAAACAGUUUCAACAUUUAGACUACUUCAUCAAUAUCUUACUGCAUUAUGGAGUUGGAAAAGAAAAAUCCAAUUACAAUUCCUCCUACAAGACAAGUUGGUUCAUCUUCGGGCAUCUUCAAAAUAGUUUAUGAUGCUGCUAAAAGUGUUUGCACUGUUGCAAUUAUAUAUUUUUUCGGCUACAUGAAUUUCAGCCCAGCUUGGUUUCUUGCUCCGCUUAUUUAUUCUGUUAUCAAAAAUGAAACGAAAAAGACCAACGAAUUCAAGAGAAAUGUUGCCAAAACCUCAGCAUUGCAAAAUGAAAAGGAUGUAAUUCUAGCAAGAAUUGAUGAAUUACCUGCCUGGGUCUACUUCCCUGAUGUUGAAAGGGCUGAAUGGUUAAACAAGAUUCUUCGACAAGUUUGGCCAAACGUCAACCAUUAUGCAAAAGAUGUAAUCAAAGAUAUAAUUGAGCCUAACAUUUGUCUUGCACUUGCUGAGUACAAAAUAAGUGGCUUCGCAUUUCAAAAGAUGAGACUUGGUACAAUUCCGCCUCGUAUAGGAGGAAAUCAAAGUAUACGACUACAAUGUGUCAAGGAAUGAAAUUAUCAUGGACUUGGAUAUUUUCUAUGCUGGAGACUGUGACAUUUCUUUCACAAUUAAAGGGUUCACAGGAGGCAUCCAAGAUUUUCAGGUAGAGUGAAAAUUCAUAGGCUAUCAAAGUUCGAUAUUUCUACUUGAAUCCCCUAUUUUACUCUUAAAUAACUCACAAUUAUUGAUAAUGAACAAUUUAAUAUGCUUCAAUAUAUCGGUACAUAAAUACUAUAUUAUAAUUGAUUAUUUUUAUAAAUAAAAGCUGUAUUUGUUAUCCAUCACAAACGUAACAUAUUGUAAAUAAUAUAUAAUACUAUUUUAUUGCGGUCUAGCCUAUUGCAUAUCACUUGAAGUUUAUAAUAAUAAAUCAGAGAGUUUGCUCUGAUAGAGUUUAUCAGAGAUUGACAAUGGUGUAAUAACCGAAACCGGUCUUUCUAAUUAUCAAUAAAUCA